AUGGAGAUCAACAACAUUACUAGACUGACACACCUAAUGCUAUCAAAUAAUAGCUUCGUUGGUUAUUUACCCCCGGACAUAUGCAAAGGUGGAGCCCUGCAAUACCUCAUUCUUUACAUGAACAACUUCCAAGGUCCUAUUCCCACGACCUUGAAAACCUGUACGACACUAGAAAGGGUCCGUGUUGAACACAACCAACUCACCGGAGAUGUUUCUCAAUGUCUUGGAGUGUAUCCCCAUCUUUAUUAUAUGGAUUUGAGCUUCAAUCAACUCUCCGGUACGCUCUCUCGAGACUGGGCAAAAUGGCACAAUCUGACGCUCUUGAGAAUCUCAAAUAACAACAUCACCGGAGUCAUACCCACCGAGUUUGGGCAGUUGACGAAACUGGGAGAGCUGGACCUCUCUUCCAACUACCUACAAGGAGAGAUCCCAAAUAGCUUCGGCAGCUUAACCCUUCUCUACAAUCUGAGCUUGGGCAACAACCAACUCGUCGGCCAUGUGCCUCCGGAGUUUGGAAUGCUGUCCAAUCUUGAACUGCUUGAUCUCUCAUCCAACAACCUGGCAGGAAGAAUCCCAGAUCAAUUAGGCGACUGCAUGAAACUCCGAUCGUUAAAGCUUAACAACAACAACUUCAGUGGAGCCAUUCCAUUGGCCAUCGGUAAUCUGGUGGUCCUUCAAGACACCUUUGACGUCAGCCACAACUCACUAACAGGGGAGAUUCCAUCCCAACUCCGCAAAUUGGUGAUGCUGCAAAGCCUGAAUCUAUCGCAUAAUUCCUUGUCGGGUCAUCUUCCAUCUUCGCUAACGUAUAUGACGAGCUUGUCUACCGUAGAUGUAUCCUACAAUGAACUCGACGGCCCUGUUCCUGAUAGCCCAGCUUUCCGAAGAGCCCCAGCGGAGUGGUUUGCCCAUAACAUUGAUCUAUGUGGAGUUGUUCGAGGAUUGCCUCCAUGUGUUUCACCCGGUACUCCAACAAGGAUUGCCUCCAUGGUUGUAGUAACCAUCAUUGCUUUCGUUGUCUUCUUCCUUCUCUUGUUUAUAUUCAUUGCAGUUGCCUUACGAUUCCACAAGAGAAAGAAGCCGCCAGUACCUGUUGAUAAUAAUCACAUCAAAGAAGGUGCAUUCUGUAUAUUGAAUUUUGUUGGAAGAGACGUAUGCAAGGACAUCAUCGAAGCCACCGAAGAUUUCGAUUCCAAGUACUGUAUCGGAAGCGGUGCAUACGGCAGUGUCUACAGAGCAGAGUUAGCAAGUGGGGAACUGCUAGCGGUGAAGAAGAUUCACCUACCAGACACCGAAGCUACAUGCGACGAGCAACCCUUUCAAACUGAGAUACAAACUCUUACUCAAAUUCGACAUCGCAAUAUCGUCAAGCUUUACGGGUUCUGCUCCUCUCCCCGACGCAAAUUUCUGGUGUACGAGUACAUGGAGAGAGGAAGUCUGGGAUCUGUCCUCCGAAGCGAGACUGCAGCUGAAUUGGACUGGGUGACGAGGGUGAGCAUCGUGAAGGAUGUUGCUCGUGCUCUGUUCUACAUGCAUCAUGACUGCACACCGCCUAUCGUUCAUCGAGAUAUUACCAGCAACAACAUCCUACUUGAUUCCGAAUUCAACGCUUGUGUUUCCGACUUUGGAAUUGCUCGACUACUGAAGCUGGAUUCAUCAAAUUGGACCAUGCUUGCAGGCACACGGGGUUACUUAGCACCAG